UCUGCAAGGUCAAGAAUCCUCAAGAUUCUCUCUUUGCUGGCCUCCCAUGGCUCCCCAUAAGCACCUACCAGAAGACCCUCCCGCCGCUUCGUCAAUGGACGAAGACUCCGACGCCGAGACCAUCGCCGAAGAAGAGGAGGAGGAGGAGGAGGUAGAAAACGACGUCGUUGAGGACGAAAAGGAAGAAGAAGAGGAUGAGGAAGAUGAUAAUGAAGAACAGGAGAAUGUGAAUGCCAAGAAGCCUCAAUCGGAAUCUGCCUCCGACGACGACGCCGACUCGGAGACCGAGUCCGACAACAUGAGCCACUCCCCAUCCGCCUCAGAUUUCACCGUCAAGCCCAUCAUCUCCAAGCCCAUGACCGACUCCCCCGCCAAAAAGCCCACCAAGAAGACCGCCGCAGCUCCGGCGAAGCCCAGUUCAGGCUCCAAGCGCGCGGCGGAGACCGAUUCGAAUCCGAAAGAUUCCAAGAAGACGAAGAAGGGAGGAGGAGCCAACGGCGGCGGCGGCGGCGACGACGAGGACAGCAAGAAGGGCCAGGGGCGGCUGUGGGGCGAGGAGGACGAGAUUGCAAUCUUGCAAGGGAUGAUCGACUUCAAGGCCAAGAAGGAUACUGACCCGUCUGCCAAUAUGGGGGCCUUCCAUGAAUACCUCAAGAACAACUUGAAGGCUGACGUCAGCAAGAACCAGCUGACGGACAAGGCGAGGAGGCUGAAGAAGAAGUACCAGACCAAUGCCGACAAGGGCGAGGAGGCGGUGUUUGCGAAAGCGCACGAGCUGAAGUCGUUCGAGCUGUCGAAAAGGAUUUGGGGGGUGGAGGCGGAUGGGGCGGAUGAUGGUGGGAAGAGUGGGAAGAAGAAGCCGAGGAAGAGUGUCAAGGCUGGCAACAAUAACAACAACUCUUCGACAGUGUUGGCAUUGCCUGUUGUGGAUUCGGGUGAGAAGAGUGCUCGGAACAAUGUGGAGAAGAAAGCCGGGGUGAGUGUUGCUAAUGGGGGAGUUAAGGCUGAGCCGGAGGAGUUUUGGUCCAAGUAUCCGUAUCUGAGUGAUUCUUUGAGGGUUGGGAGUUGCCCGUCGAAGUGGGAGGGAAUGGAGAGAGUUGUGAGUCAGGGUGUGCCUUCCAUUGGGAGCUCAAAGGCGAAAGGGUUGGAUGAAAGGUGGAGGAAGUUGCAGGUCUUGGAGAUGGAGUUGGCUGUCAAUAAGCUUGAUUUAAUGCAUCAACAGGCUAAGCUUGCAUUGGAGGCGAUGAAGAUGAAGAGGAAGGAGUAGAGGUUUGCUUGCAGUAUGAAUCAUAUGACUCACAGUUGGACGGUCUGAAGCUGCCUGUUUCUAAAGCUUUGCUUGUAUCGAGUACUAAAGACGAUGCUUGCUCGAUUUUAAAGAUCAUAGACUCCAUGCAGCGGUUAGGAGUAGCAUACCACUUUGAAAACGAGAUCCAAGAACCUAUAG